UUCAAGCAGAAACAUUUCCUACUUUGAGAAAAGAAUAGUUAGUAUCAUCAUGAAGCUGCUAGUUUUUGUCUUGGCCAUAUCAUGCGCUGUCGCCUAUACAAGCGCUGACUUAUCGGGGAAAACAUUGCCAUCGCAAUCGAUCGGAUCAGUUCUUCCACCACAUGAACUGCAUUUUCCUCGUCACGCCAAGCUACCCAACCUACAAAUCGAGGAACCAAAAGAAAGUUCAAUAACAUUUCAAGAAACGCAGCCUUUGAGUGACCCACAACAUCAACCAACUUGGAAUUUCAACGACAAUGCCAAUGUUUUUAACAACGAACGCACAACGGCAGAUGUUUACGAUGAAUUGAAUAAAAUACCUGGACAACAAGUGCAGCCACACUUUGGCAACCAAGCUGAAAAAAAUUUCAGCAAAAAUGGCUUCAUCGGAGAUCAUACUGAAUUUCAACAAGAUCCGCAAGAUCAUAGACUCUCUCCCUCGGUUGAUGUAACUAAUGGUUUCCGAUUCAGAAGAGAGGCCGAACCUCAAGGUUCAAUAACCUUCCAAGGAACGCAACCUCUGAGUGGUCCAAUGCGUCAACCUAGCUGGGAUCUCAAUGUUAAUCGUAAUAUCUUUAACAAUGGUCGCGCAACCGCAGAUGUCUAUGGAGGAUUAAAUAAAGUACCUGGACAACGAGUACAACCGCACAUCGGCAUCCAAGCUGAGAGGAAUUUUGGCAAUAACGGUUUCAUCAGAGGCCAUGGUCAACUUCAGCCUGGUCCUAGAGGUCACGGGGUUUCUCCUUCAAUUGGUGUAACUGGUGGGUUUCGAUUCAGAAGAGAGGCCGAUCCUCAAGGUUCAAUAACCUUUCAAGGAACGCAACCUUUGAGUGGUCCAAUGCGUCAACCUAGCUGGGAUCUCAACGUUAAUCGUAAUAUCUUUAACAAUGGUCGCGCAACCGCUGAUGUCUAUGGUGGAUUAAAUAAAGUACCUGGACAACGAGUGCAACCGCACAUCGGCAUCCAGGCUGAGAGGAAUUUUGGCAAUAACGGUUUCAUUAGAGGUCAUGGUCAACUUCAGCCGGGUCCUAGAGGUCAUGGGGUCUCUCCUUCAAUUGGUGUAACUGGUGGGUUUCGAUUCAGAAGAGAGGCCGAUCCCCAAGGUUCAAUAACCUUCCAAGGAACGCAACCUCUGAGCGGUCCAAUGCGUCAACCUAGCUGGGAUCUCAAUGUUAAUCGUAACAUCAUGAACAAUGGCCGCACAACCGCUGAUGUCUACGGUGGAUUAAAUAAAGUACCUGGACAACGAGUGCAACCGCACAUCGGCAUCCAGGCUGAGAGGAAUUUUGGCAAUAACGGUUUCAUCAGAGGUCAUGGUCAACUUCAGCCAGGUCCUAGAGGUCACGGGGUCUCUCCUUCAAUUGGUGUAACUGGUGGGUUUCGAUUCAAAAGAGAGGCCGAUCCCCAAGGUUCAAUAACCUUCCAAGGAACGCAACCUCUGAGCGGUCCAAUGCGUCAACCUAGCUGGGAUCUCAAUGUUAAUCGUAACAUCAUGAACAAUGGCCGCACAACCGCUGAUGUCUACGGUGGAUUAAAUAAAGUACCUGGACAACGAGUACAACCGCACAUCGGCAUUCAAGCUGAGAGGAAUUUUGGCAAUAACGGUUUCAUCAGAGGUCAUGGUCAACUUCAGCCUGGUCCUAGAGGUCACGGGGUUUCUCCUUCAAUUGGUGUAACUGGUGGGUUUCGAUUCAGAAGAGAGGCCGAUCCCCAAGGUUCAAUAACCUUCCAAGGAACGCAACCUCUGAGCGGUCCAAUGCGUCAACCUAGCUGGGAUCUCAAUGUUAAUCGUAACAUCAUGAACAAUGGCCGCACAACCGCUGAUGUCUACGGUGGAUUAAAUAAAGUACCUGGACAACGAGUACAACCGCACAUCGGCAUUCAAGCUGAGAGGAAUUUUGGCAAUAACGGUUUCAUCAGAGGUCAUGGUCAACUUCAGCCUGGUCCUAGAGGUCACGGAGUCUCUCCUUCAAUUGGUGUAACUGGUGGGUUCCGAUUCAGAAGAGAAGCCGAAGAUGCUGAUAAGCGCCAAACAGUAUAAACAAAUUUUGGGCUAACAAUUAUUUAAUUGUCAUUUGACUCUUACAUACGAAAAUAUAGGGAAAA